GGCCAUUAAAAAACGAAAGUAGGAUUUUGCAGUAUUCCAUUUUCAAAUUGCAGGUUUAACAGAAGAUUUAUAAGUCAGUCACCAGAAUCAAGGGAUCAACAUAUAGAAAUCAAACUGUGGAAUCAAGUGGAAACUAACUGGCACCUGAAUAUGUGACAUGGUUAAACUUUGACAAAGAUGCAAAGGCAAGACUUUAAGAUGCUGUUUCUGGUGGUUACCAUGGUUUCAACAAUGUAUUAGUUUGUGAUUAGUAAAUACAUGGUAAAUAAACCAGAUUUCCAAGUGGUUUUCUUCAUCAGAGGGGCAACAACCAAGAUUAAAUCCAACUUGAAUGUCAUCAAUUAUUGUCAUAUAGUGAAUAACUAUGAUUUGAUAAUUAGAAUAAAUAUAUUUGCUUGAGAGAAUUCUGUCUAAAAUUAGUAAAGGAAUAAAGAAGUCUUAACUAUGGCAUCUCUUUCUGUAGAAGAAGAAAACUAUGUUCGAAUGAGUUUGUUAUUAACUGGAAUUUCUCCUCGUGCAGCAAGAACUUUCUUUGAUAGUGAAUUUGCUCCAGCAUGUUUAGAAGCGACAUUAAAAAAGGAGUAUAACAAAUUGCUUGACUUAAAAAAGAAGCAUAGAAUCAACCAAUCACAGUGGAACCUUCUGUGUCCUAGAUUUCCCGAUGUUCCAGAUUCUAAAACAUUUGACGUAACUUUGAUGAUACUGUUACUGAGGAAUUUGACUCCGAUCACCCUUCCUCUUUGUGGAUUUGACCAUUUACCUUCUGCAAUAGAAACCACACCAGCUGCAGACUUAGCAAGGAUCAAACACUACAGGAAUCAUCUGGCUCAUCUGGAUGAUGGCAAACUAGACACAGGGUUUUUUAAUACUGCAUGGAAUGAUAUAACUUGUGCUGUUGAUAGAUUGGGUGGGCAGCAAAUGAAGCAGGAGUGUAAUCAUCUGAAAACCAAACCAUUAGAUCAAACCAAUCAAGAAAUAAUAAUGGACAUAAAACAUUCCAAUAAUGAAAUCCGGGAACUAAAAGAUUCAUUUAAAAGUUUGAUAAUAUCUCAUGAAUUACUGCAAAAACACCAUGCUGAAGUGAAGAAAUCCCAUGAGAUAUUACAGGAUGACCAUAGGAAAGUAACACAAGAAAUGGAAACAAUAAAAACUUCACUGAAGGAUACUGUACCAUGGAAUAUAAGAGCAAAAAAUGAACAAUUACUCAAAACCUGGAAGGACAGUGAUGAUAAGAUGUUUGUUAACACAAGAGCUGCAGAGCAUAUUUUCGAAUGUAUAAAGGAAAACAGCUGUGUAACUAUAACAGCUACGUCUGGUGUAGGGAAGACAGCAACACUGAGACAUGUAGCUUUACAGAUGGUAGAAGAAUAUGAUGUACUUGUGGUCACAGAGCCAGGUGACAUUCUGAGGUUUUACAAUCCGAAUAAGAAAACAUUGUUUGUUGUUGAUGAUUUAUGUGGAAACUUUUCGCUGGACCAGAGUGACAUUAAAUGUUGGGAACCAAUACUAAAGGAUAUAAGACAAAAUCUUGAAAAAAACCAAACAAAAGUUCUUGCAGCAUGUCGGUUACAAGUGUACCUAGAUGAAAAGUUUGAUUCUUUGACAACUUUUAAGUCAUGUGUAUGUAACAUGUUAUCUAAAAACAUUUGCUUGUCAAAACCGGAAAAAGAAUUAAUAGCUAAGUUGUAUCUCAAUGCAAAAGCCUCUGAAAUAAGUGACUUUUAUGAUAUUUAUGACUGUUUUCCUCUUUUAUGUAAAUUGUACCAUGAUAAUCCAGAACUUAUUAUUACAGAUUUCUUUCAGAAUCCAUUUUCAAUUUAUGAAGCAGAGAUUGAUCAGUUUCUUAAGAAAGGGCAUCACGCUAAAUACUGUGCUUUGGCUUUAUGUGUCAUGUUUAACAACAAAUUAAAGGAAGAAAUGUUAAAAGAAGAGUUGAAUGAACAAACUAGGGCUAUUAUAGAGAACACUUGUGAGGCAUGCAGAUUAGACAGGGGGACAUCACGACUUGUAUUACAAGAUGAACUUGACUCACUUACACAUACAUUCAUAAAGAAAGAAAAGAAUGUAUACAAAAUUUUACAUGAUAAGAUAUUUGACUUUCUUGCUAAGAUUUAUGGACAAAAAAUAAUCUAUUGCUUAAUAAAGAACGCAGACAGUGGUUUGAUAAAGGAGAGGUUUUUAUUAGAAAGAAAGGACGACAUGGAUCAGUUUAUUACUAUUGUACCUCCAGUCUAUCAUCAGAUGUACAUACAGAGAAUGAUUGAUGACUGGUCAAAUGGAAAAUUACAAGAUGUAUUUAGUAACAUCAAUAUGAAAAUACCUCAGUUCAGGCAGAAAUUGCUCUGCUAUUUGAAAACACUAGAUAUAUCUUACCAAAAACAACUGGCAAAUAUCUGUGAUGAACAUAAAUCAUUAUGUAAAAACCGUUAUUCGUAUAUAUUUGAUGAUGAUGAUGAUGAUUAUGAUGAUGAUGAUGAUUAUACCUAUGCACAUACCUAUGAAACUUCUUUAUUACAUUGUUGUUAUUUAGGUGAUAUGUUAUUUGUCAUGUGGUUGUUAGACAAAGGAGUAGACUGUAAUAAAUGUGACAAAUAUAAGGAGUCUCCUGUAAUAACCGCUUGUCAACAUGGUCAUACCGAGAUAGUAAAAAUGUUGUUAGACAGAGGAGCAGACUAUGAUAAAUGUGACAUGUAUGGUGAGUCACCUGUACUGAAGGCUUGUGAAAAUGGUCAUAUAGAAAUAGUAAAGAUGUUGUUAGACAGAGGAGCAGACUAUGAUAAAUGUGACAGGUAUGGUGAGUCACCUGUACUGAAGGCUUGUGAAAAUGGUCAUAUAGAAAUAGUAAAGAUGUUGUUAGACAGAGGAGCAGACUAUGAUAAAUGUGACAUGUAUGGUGAGUCACCUGUAAUGAUGGCUUAUGAAAAUGGUCAUAUAGAAAUAGUUAAGAUGUUGUUAGACAGAGGAGCAGACUAUGAUAAAUGUGACAGGUAUGGUGAGUCACCUGUACUGAAGGCUUGUGAAAAUGGUCAUACAGAAAUAGUAAAGAUGUUGCUAGACAGAGGAGCAGACUAUAAUAAAUGUGAUAACGGUGGUGAUUCACCUGUAAUAAAGGCUGGUGAAAAUGGUCAUACAGAAUUAGUAAAGAUGUUGUUAGACAGAGGAGCAGACUAUAAUAAAUAUGGAAGGUAUGGUAAGUCACUUGUAAUGAAGGCUUGUGAAAAUGGUCAUAUAGAAAUAGUAAAGAUGUUGUUAGACAGAGGAUCAGACUAUAACAAAUGUGACAGGUAUGGUGAGUCACCUGUACUGAAGGCUUGUGAAAAUGGUCAUACAGAAAUAGUAAAGAUGUUGUUAGACAGCGGAGCAGACUAUAAUGAAUGUGAUGUAGAUGACAGUUCACCUUUAAUUAAGGCUUGUGGACAUGGUCAUACAGAAAUAGUUAAGAUGUUGUUAGACAGAGGAGCAGACUAUAAUAAAUGUGAUGAAGAUGACAGUUCACCUUUAAUGGAGGCUAGUCAACAUGGUCAUACAGAUAUAGUUAAGAUGUUUUUAGACAGAGGAGCAGACUAUGAUAAAUGUGACUGGAUGGAUAGAUCACCUGUAAUGAAGGCUUGUGAACAUGGUCAUAUAGAAAUAGUAAAGAUGUUGUUAGACAGAGGAGCAGACUAUGAUAAAUGUGACUGGAUGGACAGAUCACCUGUAAUGAAGGCUUGUCAACAUGGUCAAACAGAAAUAGUAAAGAUGUUGUUAGACAGAGGAGCAGACCAUAAUAAAGGUGAUAAUGUUGGUCAGUCACCUGUAAUGAUUGCUUGUGAAUAUGGCCAUACCGAAAUACUGAGAAUGUUGUUAGACAGAGGAGCAGACUGUAAUAAAUGUGAUGGACAGGGUCAGCUGCAAAGAUUGCCUAUAAAAGAGGAAACAAAGCUAUAAUUGCUAUGAUUUAUCAACAUACCAGUCAGAAAAUAGUUCGAAAUUGAAGUUUAAUAAAAAAAAUAAUCAAAUGCUUAAAAGGCAAUAACAAUGAAAACCAAGGAGUAAACAAAGACUCACAAAACCAAAGGACAUUUACAUCAACAGUUACAAAUAAUAAUUAAGAAACAACAUGAACUCCACUAAAAACCGGGAUUGAAAUCAGGUGCUCCGGAGGGGUAAGCAUUUCCUGCAUCGUAUACGGCACCCGUCGUGUUAUUUCUUUGUUCAGUUUGGUAAUGAUUGAAGGUUAUUAUGACUGAGGAAGAAUAUCAGAUAUGAUUUCUGACACACCUUUGUCAUAAUGGCCAAUCCAGCUCAUGAUGGCGACCGUAAAAUUUCUUGAGUGAUGACCUUAAUUUGAUUGAUUCAUAGCCCUGAUUAGCAUGUUUUGAGAAAGUAGUACUCCUCGUUCAACAAAAUCAACGUACUUUGAGCUAGCUCUAGAGUAACGUAUCAAUUGAGAAACAUAUACUACAUAUGCUGGUGCCGCUGGGAUGUUGCUACACAGAAAUGGAAAUUUAACAAAAGGAAAAUUAAAAUCAUCGCGUUUGUCAUAAAUUUUGGUAUUCAACCUACCAUCAGUAGUCAUUUCGAGAAAAAAAGGUCUAAAUAUAAAGCAGAUUUAUCUGUGUCGGUAGUAUCUUUAAUUUCAAAUUCAUUUGGAUGUAAUAAAUGUAAGUGAUCACUGAAUCUAUUAUUAUUUAGAGACAGUACAUCAUCAAUAUACCGAAAGGUGAAAUUAAAAGCCUGGGCUAAUUUCUUUUCUCCUUUCUGUACUAGCCCUUGGACAAAUUCUGCUUCAUAGGAAUAUAAAAACCAAUCUGUAAGUAGAGGAGCGCAAUUGGUACCCAUUUGGAUUCCAAUAGUCUGUUGGAAGACCAAACCUCCAAAUUCAACAUAUAUGUUGUCAAUUAAAAAGUCCAGCAUGGCAGUGAUAUCCUCGUCGGUAUAUUUUUUCCUUGACUCUGUAUGAUUUUUCACAAAGGAAGCUAAAUUCCAGCCCAAAACUAGAUAUUUAAAACGUCUAGUGCACUUUUUGUUAAAGCUGACGAGUUCUUUCAGUCGAGCUUUAAGUUAAGUAUGUGGAAUAGUGGUAUAAAGAGUUGAAAAAUCAAAGGUUUUAAUGAUGAUACAAUGUUUUAAUGAUUGAGAUUAUAAAUUCACCAAUCACUCUUUUUUGAAUUUGACUUGAACUCGAAUUUUUUAGUAUCCACAUCUGAUUAACACCACUUCUUGAAUAUGCCGUUUCGGAAUAUUUCUGAAGUUUUUCUUUGACUGCAGUGAGUAUGGCAGUAAGAACUUUAGAAAGGGGUUUAGUGGAACACUUGGAAGAACCUGCAAUAUACCUUUCCUUAUAAGGAUUCUUGUGAAGCUUAGGAAUCCAAUAUAAGGAUGGAAGAUCCUGGUCUUCAUCCUUUGGAUUAACACCAAAGAAGAUUAGAACCGAUUUGUGGUUUUCCAGGAUCUCCUGCUUCGUAAGCGUACUUAGUGUAUAUGUAGGAUUUCCAAGUGUGUUAUUUGUCCCCAGUUCCUUAAUCAGGCAGUCAAUGUAUUGUUUCUUGCAAACAAAAACAAUAUUGUUUGAGGCUUUGUCAGCUCGAACGACAACAUAUUUGUCAUGGAGGCGAGACAACUCCUCUAUGACAUGAGGGUCUUUAAAGAUGGAAGGAGCUUUGGUGCUCAUUGACCCUUUAAGCUUACUUACUCUUAUCUGAAUCAGUGACCUCACUGAUUUUACCCACUCCGAAAGAGUGUCAACCUCAACUUUUUCUCUUUUUCCCCAGUCUUUUGCAUAACCCUCAACAGAAUCCAUUAGUAGUUUGAAGUUCUGCUUCCAAUUGAUUGGCUGUGGCUCUGUGUAUUUCGGACCCUUUGACAAAAAUUGUCUCAACUUGUAAUUAUUGACUAUGUUCAGAAAUUACAUGGUCAGCAGGAUUAUACACGAAAAGGGAAUGGGAACAGGCACAAUCAGGUGGUUUACCUUUAAAUUUGAGGUCAUCAAUAUUUAGAUUCUGCAACACUUUUUUGUGAUUAAACAUUUAAGAUGCAACAGGGUAGGUGUAGGAAUAGGAUACUAUAGGAGAAGAGUGAUCAUUAAAGUAAUAAAGAAUGUUGCUUUUUACUCUUAUUUGGUGAAAAUUAUUACUUAUAUUGAUAGCAUCAAUACCCUUGUUUGUGAACUUCAAAUUUUUGCAGUUCCUCCGAAUGUUCAAAAACGGGUCUGAAUAAUCUAUGUUUAGCAAUAUCCAUCACCAUGGCAACUAUUUUAAUGAUUUAAAGGCUGUCAUUAAUAUUUAACCCCGCCGCAUUUUUGCGCCUGUCCCAAGUCAGGAGCCUCUGGCCUUUGUUAGUCUUGUAUUAUUUUAAUUUUAGUUUCUUGUGUACAAUUUGGAAAUUAGUAUGGCGUUCAUUAUCACUGAACUUUAUAUAUAUGUGUUUGGGGGCCAGCUGAGGUACGCCUCCGGGUGCGGGAAUUUCUCGCUACAUUGACACAUUCCCCAUUUCCCUUCUCGAUUUUAUUUGUUGAUAUUUAAACUUGUGUGUGGUAUAUGUUUAUACCUGUUAUAUUGAAAGUUCGAUAUUCUACCUUUUUUCUAGAGACUUUCUUGUUAUUGCUUACAUUACUUAAGGAUGUACUUAGGUCAGGUGUAGGAACUUGUGUCAGAUUUUUGUUUUGUCAUACGAUACAGGGUAAAAUAUAUUGCACCAUAACACCCAUUUUUCUUUUCAUAUAAGACUUCAAUAGCUCAUAAAAGGUCAUUUAACAAAAUUUAAGCAUAUUAUAGAUUUUUUUUCUUUCGAUUUGAGGCCCAAAUGAUACCGAUGCAAGUAUAAGGUAAAAGUCUGAGUCAACUAAUGCUCUUCUGACUUAGAGUAUCAAUUUUAAAUUCCAAAUUUGUUUUUUUAUUUCACCUUAGUACAUCCUUAACCUAUUGAAGAUAUAUGUAUUUAAAUCCGUUGUAAAUACUAAUAUUAGUCCGUUUUAUUUACAAAAUACAAAUAUUAUGACAAGAUAUUUCAGUCAUUGCCU